UUCAUUAAAACAAAAACAAAAUUAAUAACAAGUGCAUUUCUGUCUUUGAAAAAAAAUCAUCCCGAUCACCGGAAAAUAUGCCUCUGAAGGCGGCGGCCGCCGCUUGGCGGAGACGGUCUCCCAGAGCCACCGCCAGAAAAUCCACCCGCCCAGUCUCUUCCUCCAUAUCCACCUCCGAUGCUUCCUCUUCUACUCCACCAGUGCCCUCCCCUAAAAUCGAAACCACCUCUGAAUCCAACGCCAAUGAAGUUUCUCCCACAAAACCCCUAGAAACCGCCUCGUUUAUCUCCCCUGAAACUCCCAAAGAAGCUGAGAAGAUUGCUGAGACAAACCCUAAAAAUAGCGAAGAAAUGGGGCGAGAUGAGAAUCCAUAUGAGAAGGUUUAUGAAACCGCUGUGAUUGGAGAUGGUGUGACGAUGGCGACGAAGAAGAAGGGAGCUAAAACUGUGGUGAAGAAGACAGUGAGGGUAGUGAAGAAAGUGGUGAAGAAGAGGGUGCCAAAAAAGGUGCAGGCUUCCUCGUCGAAUGAAGAGUCGGUGAAAUCAGAAGUGGAUAAUGAUGGUCAAAACCCUAAUUCUAGUGUUUUGGGUGCAAUAGGUGUUGAGAAGCCUAAACCUCUUAUGUCUGAUUCAAUGGAAGCAGAGAAUCUUAAGCCUGAUCCUAAUGAUUCUGUGUCGUUGGAAGUCGAAAUUCGUAAUUCUGAUGUCGCUGUUUCGAUGGAAGCUGAAAAUCCUAAUUCUGACCCUGCCAAUUCUAUUUCAAUGGCAGUUGAAGACUCCAUUUAUAAUGUUACUGGUUCAAUGGAAGUUGAUAAGCCAGAGGAGGCUGAGGCUGAGGCUGCUGAAGCAAAAGAUAAUGAUUCUUUGAAUCAUCAAAACUUAUCUGAAGCUCCAGUUUCGGAUUUGAUUGAGGAUAAGAAAAAUGGGAAUGAAGGUGAACUGGUUGUUUCCACAACUGAAGUUCAGUUAGGAGAUCAAAAAGUGGGAUUAGUUCCAAACCAGGGAGAUGAAAUUGAGAUUGAGAAUGUGGAUUCUGAAGGUGAUGAGGGCAAGAAGGGAGCAAAGCAAGAGGUGGAGAAUUGUGAUGUUAGUGGUUUGAAGGGGGAAUUUGGGAUGGGUGAUGGCUUAGUAUUGAGUGCGGAAAUGGAGGCAUUGGAGCGGCGUAAGAGGCGCAAGACUGAGAUUUUCAUUGGUGGGUUGGACAAGGAUGCAAAGGAGGAAGAUGUCAGGAAAGUUUUUCAGCAGGCAGGUGAGAUUGUGGAGGUGAGUUUGGUGAUGAAUGAUAAGACAGGUAAGAAUAAAGGUUUUGCAUUUGUCCAGUAUGCUUCAGCUGCUGAUGCUAUGAAGGCAUUAGCAAAAUUUUCCAAAGUUGAGAUUUGUGGAAAGCAAUGUAGCGCUACACCUGUUGAGGGCAAUGACACAAUUUUUCUUGGUAAUAUUAACAAGAAGUGGAAGAGUGAAGAUAUUGUUAAGCUGUUGCAGGAGUUUGGGAUUGAGAAAAUAGAUCAAGUUACAGUUAUGGCCGAUCCUAGUAACAUUGAGUGUAAUCGUGGCUUUGCGUUUCUUGAACUUGAAACUAGAAGAGAUGCUAAAAAUGCUUACAGGAAACUUCAGAAGAACGUCUUUGGAAAGCUGCAAAAGAUAAAAGUUGCUUGGGCUGAACCCUUGAGUGAGCCAGAUGAAGAAGAAAUGCUUAAGGUGAAAUCAGUUUAUGCUGAAUAUCUGCCCUCCUCAUGGGAUGAAGAGAAAGUGAGAGACUAUUUCAAAAAGUUUGGUGAGAUUGAAAAUGUUACGCUUUCCAGAAAUCUUCAUUCAUCUAGAAGAAAAGACUUUGCAUUUGUUAAUUAUACAACCCGUGAAGCUGCUCUUGCAUGUAUUGAGGCAUUCAAUCGUGAGUCACUGAAUGUUGAGGGUUCCAAGGUAAAUGUGAAGGUAUCUCUUGCAAAACCUUUGCCGAAGGGCAAGCAAGUGAGGCAUGUGCUAAAUCCUGUCAGUAAGGAACCUCCCAAAGAGAAGCCAAUGGCAGCCCGAUCUGUCAUAAUGCCACAUCAACCUAGAACCAAGGGAAAAUCUGCCAGUAGGAACCAUGAGGACAUCCAAGUAAAUAGAAGGUCUUCUUCUACAACAGAUGAACUUGUACAACUCUUGAGACAACAAGCAUCACAGAGGCAGCCACAAACAGGUUUAGGCAUAGCGUCAUUUGAUCAGGGUUAUCCUUACUCUUUGCCCGCAAGGAAGCGCCCUGUUUCUCUAUUGGGAGAUGACCCUCUUUAUUCAGAUCCCAGAGGGUAUCCUCGUGCACGCUUUGAAAGUUCUUUUACAGCUGCGAGCCCAGGUGUAUUGUCCCAGCGUGUUGGUGCGACAUCUUUGCCCUAUUACCGCCAGCAAGGUUCUGGUCAUGCAUCUGGAUCACUUCAUGGGGUUGAAGAUUAUCCCAACAGUUUUCAGACAAGAGGGGCUCCUUACCAUGGAAAUAGUGGCAAAUAUGAUAGAUAUUGAUGGAGGCAUUCACUCAAAGUGCAAGACGCUGAUGAAAUACUCUGGUGAAUGUUCCUGAGCUUUCGCAAUCGACUGAAGUGCAAGUAUGCUGAUGAAAUAGUCCCGUAACAAAUUUGAUUCUUGUAAAUUUUGUUUUCUUAUUUGGACGGUCACAUGCCAGCCAUCUAGUGAAAUUUUGAAGUGUAACCCCACCAUCACCCUUAAUCCCGCCCCUUCCCUCAUCCACAUCUUCAUCCUCGACAAGCUUGUUUCAAGUUACACUAUCUAAACAUAUGGUGAAUGAGAAGACAAUUGAGAGUCUGCAUUAUUAGCAGUAACUUGAUCGGUAUAUCUGGGUGUUUCAGGGCCGUUGAUAGCAAUAGAGUUGGUUAUUCAUGCUGUAAAAGCAAUGGUAGUAUUCCCUACUAGCAUUGAAUGUUUAAGACUUUGUAUUUUAGGAUGGCUCAACAUAACACUGUUUUUGUGCCCUGAUCUUGCAAAAUUUAUGUACAUAUAACAGGAGCUGGUGUUGGAAUGACCUAAUUGACCUGGAAAUAUUUACUUGAGUUACUCUCU